UUGGGAAAGUUGACAGAAAAAGAGGCGGCUUUCGAGAAAUGAGAAGCGACGACGCCACUUCCUUCCUCCUCCUCCUUGCCUAAUGCCUAUCACCAAAUCUACCAAACUUUAUUUAGCAAUUCAAACCAUUGAAACACGUCAAAUGGGAGAUUUUUACUUCCUUCAGUUCUAACACCUAAUGUUUCUCUGAAAAAGAAACAAAACUUUGUUUACACAACCAAAGAGAGCAGAAAAACGGAGAUGGGAACUUCAAAAUACCUUCUCUUCCUUUGCCUCAUUCUCAUAUUCAUGGUUUCAACCACCGUUUCUCAAACAGACAUCAUAACCCAUUCAUGUUCAAACACCGGCAACUACACCACCAACAGCGUUUACAAGCAAAAUCUCGACAACCUCCUUUCCUCCAUCGCCUCCAACACCGAAAUUGAUUACGGCUUUUACAAUUUCUCAGCCGGACAGGACCCCGACAGAGUUAACGCCAUCGCCCUUUGCCUGGCCGAUCUAACGGUGGACGAAUGCCGGAGAUGUAUCCAAAAUUCAACUCGAAGAAUUCUAGAGGAUUGCCCCAACCAGAAAGAAGCUAUCGGAUGGUACACCGUUUGCAUGGUUCGUUACUCAAACAGAUCAAUAUUUCGCGUUGGGAACGACCGAGUUCUUGGCCCAGUUUUUGUUUCCGGUCAGACUGCGUCAGAUAUAGAUGGUUACACUCGAUCACUCAGAACUUUGUUGCAAAGACUGAGAAAUGAAGCUUCGUCUGGGGAUUCUAGACACAAAUAUGCAGUGGGUGAAGUUGAAGCUACCAAUUUGGAUAACAUAUUUGGGUUUGUUCAAUGUACUCCCGAUUUGUCCUCUGUGGAUUGCAAUAAUUGUCUAAUGAAGGCUGCUGAAAAUGUUCGGAAUGGAAGUAUGGGAACUAGGAUAUUUUCGACCAGCUGUUUUUUGAGAUAUGAGACUAAUGAUAUUUUCUACAACACUGAGUCGCUGCCUCCCACUGCUGGUGGCGGCGGCGCUACUCCCCCACCUAUGUCGUCGCCGCCUCUGCCUCCAACGCCAGGAAAUAAGACUAGAACUGUUAUUAUCGUUGUUGUGUCCAUUGUUUCUGUCAUCAUUCUCGUUGUUGCCAUUUUCAUCAUUUUGAGGUUGAGGAAACGAAAGAACAGAAAAUCAACAGAUAAAUUCGAAGGUGUUGUUAUUGGGGACGCCACCGACGAAAUUAGCAGUGUGGAGACGAUUCAAUUUGAUUUUGAAACCAUUAAAAUUGCAACAAAUGAUUUCUCAAGUGAAAACAAACUUGGACAGGGUGGAUUUGGAGCUGUUUAUAAGGGUAAGCUGCCUAAUGGACAACGUAUUGCAGUGAAGAGGCUUGCUAAUAAUUCACAACAAGGAGAUGUUGAAUUCAAAAAUGAAGUUCUUUUGGUGGUCAAGCUUCAACAUCGAAACUUGGUUAGGCUGUUGGGAUUUUGCUUGCAGAGAACUGAAAGGCUUCUCAUUUAUGAGUUUGUACCAAAUGCCAGCCUUGACCAAUUCAUUUUUGAUUUCACGAAACGGACACUAUUAGACUGGGAAAAACGAUUCAAAAUCAUAAAUGGAACUGCACGAGGACUUCUUUACCUUCACGAAGAUUCUCGCCUUCGAAUCAUACAUCGGGAUCUCAAAGCUAGUAAUAUUUUGUUGGAUGAAGAAAUGAAUCCAAAGAUUGCUGAUUUUGGUAUGGCAAGAUUGUUUGAAGUAGACGAGACUCAAGGCAAUACAAGUAGAAUUGUGGGAACUUAUGGUUACAUGGCUCCGGAAUAUUUAAUGCACGGCCAAUUCUCGAUUAAAUCGGACAUCUUUAGCUUUGGUGUUUUGAUACUUGAAAUCGUGAGUGGCAAGAAAAAUAGUUGCUUUCGCAAUGGAGAAAAGAUAGAAGAUCUCUCAAGCUUUGCAUGGAAAAAUUGGAAGGCUGGAACAUCUAAAAACGUCAUAGAUUCAUCACUUAGUGUUGGUUCAAAUGUUGAAAUGUUAAAAUGCAUCCAUAUUGGAUUAUUGUGCGUUCAAGAGAAUGCAGCAGAUCGUCCAACGAUGGCUACCAUUGUUCUGAUGCUUAGUAGCAUGUCCCUCAGUCUUCCUGUACCAUCGGAACCAGCAUUCUUCAUGCAUAGUAACUUUGAUGAAUCCACCACACAAUCAAAGACAAACCAAUGGUUGGAAAUGAACGAGAAGGCUAAUGAUCAUUCUGAAAGCAUACCCCUCCAAUCUUUAGCUGAUUCUUCAAUUAGGGACUUCAGUCCUCGCUAGAUCUUUCAUCCACUUUUUGUUUAAACACAUGUAAUUUUGAAACUUGACAUUUGACCAUUUAAUUGAUUGAUUACAAUCUAUUUGUUGUUCUCUGGAGUGAUCAAGCAAGAGUUGUGUUCUCCAAAUAUUGUUUAUAUUCGAAAACAAUAUCAUAAAUAUACUAGAGAUCGUUUAUAAUAAAAUUGACUAGUACUUAUGAUAUGAA